CAUGCUCAAUGUUGUCUGAAAACCGAAAAUAUCAAGAAAGCCUUUCCAAGAUUUGUCUGUAAAUCCUGAACGGAGGAUGGCUGACAGACUAACUCAGCUGCAGGAGGCUGUUAAUCAUCAAGCAGACAAUCUUUGUAAUAGUAUUGGAAUAAUUCAGCAGAUUUCUGGCGAUAAUGAUCACACGAAGCUGUUUUCACAACUAAUAGCGAGAACAGCCAAGGAUAUCGAGGUUCUAAUUGAGAGUUUGCCCAGUGAGGAUUCUACAUCUAGUCUACAGGCUGCCAGUAUAGCUCUAUUAGAGGGAGAGAGUGAACUUGUAGAACAAGAAUUAAACAGAUCUGUGUUGGAAGGAGAAGAAUUAUUAAAAGUUCUUCAAUAUGCUCUCCGUGAUAUUGCCAACACUCAGAUGGAAAUAGAUCGACUGGCAGCUGUCGACGAAAUCAAAGUUUCCUCAGACAACUUUGCUCUUCAGUGAAUUCAUCAUGUCGGAAUCAGGACGAGAGUCGGACGAGUAUGAUUACAGUGAUUAUGAUUCGUCCGCGGACAGUGAGUUUACCGAUAACCUUCAUUCGUCCGACGAAGAGAGUGAAACCGAAUCGGAAGAUGUCCAUGGACAACAAGUUGCUGUUCGUCAGCGACGAUUUGUCGGAAAUACAGAUUCUGAGUUCGAAUGUGAGGAAGUUAUUGCCAUUAGAAAAACAAAGGUGAAGGAUGAACCGCAGAACUAUGCUCCGGAUCGUUGGCCGCCAAUUAUUGACUUUAUUUUCGUCUUUUCAUCAUUCCUCGCAGCUGCAGUGGCCGCAUAUUUUACUAUAUUUUAAUCGACAGUAUUCAUGGUUUUCUAAUUAAGAUUCCCAUGAAUAUAUCCGGUAGUUUCAUGUUUCUAUUGGUUCCACUGCUUUAAUAAGGUGCAUUUAAUAAGAUGCUAUAAGAAAAGUACAAAAAUCAGUCUUCUUGUAACUAGCUAAAAUGUAUUUAAUAUUCAGAAAUAAAUUGUUGAUACAAA